UUUUACUACAUGACAAAUUCCCACGUUCAUAUAACCCCCCUCCAUCCCCCAAUCGCAAAAUUUCAAUCCUUUGCCUUCUUUUUCUUUCAAUUCCCUUUGUUUAAUUGCCCCAUCUUUCUUUGUUUAUUCUUCUUAGACUUAUAGGUGUCUUGUGCUUUUGUUGAUAUGGUUUACAUAAAGAACCACCCUCAAUCAACCUUGCCUCCAGGGUUUAGGUUCCACCCAACUGAUGAAGAGCUUAUUCUUCAUUACCUUAAGAAGAAGGUGGCUUCUAUACCGUUCUCUGUUUCCAUCAUUGCUGAUGUUGAUAUUUACAAGUUUGAUCCUUGGGACUUACCAGCUAAAGCUGCCUUUGGGGAGAAAGAGUGGUACUUUUUCAGUCCUCGAGAUCGAAAGUACCCAAAUGGAGCUAGGCCGAACAGAGCCGCUGCAUCCGGGUAUUGGAAGGCGACAGGCACAGAUAAGAUCAUUCUGACCUCAGCACCGGCACUCGGAGGAAGAGCACAAGAAAACAUUGGUGUGAAGAAGGCUCUUGUGUUUUACCAGGGAAGGCCUCCUAAGGGAGUCAAGACUAAUUGGAUCAUGCAUGAAUAUCGCCUUGCAGAUAGCCCCAACAGUCUGAAUUACAACAAACCAAUGAAGUCUAGAGACUAUUCCAUGAGGUUAGAUGAUUGGGUUCUUUGCCGGAUCUAUCAAAAGUCCCAGCCGUCUUCACCAACAUCAAAUGCAGCAGCAAGUGAUCAAGAAGAAGAGCAAUGUAUCCAAGACACCCUUUUACCAUUCCUCACAAGUCCUCCAAACCACAGCACUUUGAGGUCUCAGAAGUCUUCCUCAUUCUCCAACUUAUUCGAUGCCUUGGAUAUGGAUUACUCAAUGCUGAGCAGUCUUCUAGCCGAGAAUCAAAUGAAUCAAACAGGACUUGAAUCCAAUCCUCUGUUCACUUCCGGGGUUCUCGACCAGCCUGUUUUCUACAAUGGAACCAGUAGUAGCGGCAAUAACAGCAGCUACUUUCUUGAAAAGCCGCCUCCAUUGAAUUCCUCAGCCCCAAACCUGGAGAGCAAGCUGAAGCGCCCCCAUUCAAACAUGGAUGAUACCAUGUUGCAGCACCCAUCAAAGAAGUUCAUCAAUUCGUGCAGUUUCACUAAAACAACUGAUCAAACUGAUCCUCAGUACAACUUCCUGCACCAGCCAUUCUUGAAUCAGCAAUUACUUCUGAGCCCACAUCUUCAGUUUCAAGGAUGAGUGAAAACAAAAAAGAGAAUAUCAUCUAAAAGUAAAGAAGAUUAGAACAACCAAAUGCUGAGCCAGCCAAAUCCUGGGUAAAGAUGUGUAUAGAUUUAUGUGUGAUUUUUUCUUCCUUUUUUUUAAUUUUGUGUUGGAAAAUGACAAAGCUCGAUUAGAAACAUUGAACUUCUUGUAUGGUAUCGAAAGAAGAUACCAUUAUAAAGUCAAAAAGUUGGUUGUAAAAAAAUUCACCAAAGGACUUGAUAAGGAAUCUUAUAUUAAGAAAUUGGGAUAUCAGAAUUCAGUUUCA